AUGGGUCAAUAUUGCUUUUUGAUGAAAAGUGUUACAGGGAACUGUGUGAGUGAUGCAUCAUUGCUGACCGUGCCUUGGGUUUACAAUCUGUUGCAGAUAAAGACGAUGUUGCCAGGUGAACAUCAGCAGGUUCUAAGCAAUUUGCAGUCCCGCUUUGAUGAUUUUGUGGAAGAUAGCCAGGAGUCCAAAAUCUUUACAAGCUCCGAUACAGCACAGCUGGAAAGGGAAGUUAAUGUUUGCAAGCAAUACUAUCAAGAGCUUCUGAAAUCUGCAGAAAGAGAGGAGCAGGAAGAAUCGAUUUACAAUCUGUACAUCUCCGAAGUCAGAAAUAUCAGACUUCAGCUGGAGAGUUGUGAGGAGCGGUUAAUACGGCAGAUCCGAACCCCAAUGGAAAGGGAUGAUCUACAUGAAAGUGUGUUUAGGAUUUCAGAGCAAGAGAAACUGAAGAAAGAACUGGAUCGACUGAAGGAUGACCUGGGAGUCAUCGCAGAUAAAUGCGAAGAGUUUUUCAGUCAAGCUGCCGGUUCACCUUCAGUACCUACUCUGCGCUCUGAACUCAAUGUUGUUAUUCAGAACAUGAACCAAGUUUAUUCCAUGUCUUCGAUUUACAUAGAUAAAUUAAAAACUGUAAAUUUGGUGCUGAAGAACACCCAAGGAGCAGAAUCGUUAGUAAAACUCUAUGAAACUAAGUUGUGUGAAGAAGAGGCAGUAACAGCUGAAAAAAACAAUAUUGAAAAUCUGAUGGGUACAUUAAAGCAAUGGAGAUCUGAAGUAGAUGAGAAAAGACAAGUGUUCCAUGCCUUAGAGGAUGAACUGCAGAAGGCAAAGAUGAUCAGUGAUCAGAUGUUUAAAAUGCACAAGGAACGUGAUCUUGACUUUGACUGGCAUAAAGAAAAAGUUGAUCAGUUAGCCGAGAGGUGGCAAAAUAUUCAUUCUCAAAUUGAAAAUAGGUUGCGUGACUUAGAAGGUAUUAAUAAAUCUCUGAAGUAUUACAAAGAUACUUACAAUUCUUUGGAUACGUGGAUUCAACAAGUGGAAGAUACUCAGCGAAAGAUUCAAGAAAUCCAUCCUGAAAAUAGCAAAGCAUUGGCUAAACAGCUGAACCAACAUAAGAUGCUGGUUUCUGAGAUUGAAAUGAAACAAAGCAAAAUAGAUGAAUGCCAGAAAUAUUCAGAACAAUAUUCAGCUGCUGUGAAGGAUUAUGAGUUGCAGACUAUGACCUACAGAGCUAUGGUUGACUCCCAACAAAAAUCUCCAGUGAAACGCCGAAGAAUGCAAAGCUCAUCAGACUUCAUUAUUCAAGAGUUCAUGGAUUUACGGACUCGUUAUACUGCCUUAGUGACCUUGAUGACCCAAUACAUUAAGUUUGCAGGUGACUCUCUGAAAAGACUGGAAGAGGAAGAGAAGUCAAUGGAAGAAGAAAAGAAGGAACAUGUUGAAAAAGCUGGGGAUUUACUGAAAUGGGUGUCAAACCUCAGCAAGACACUCAGCAAAGAAGAAGGAGAAAAGGCUGAAAAGACAGAUUUGCCUAAGCAGCAGAUUUCCCUGGAUGAAAUGUCAACCAAGAAAGAACAAAUAGCUGAAGCUCUGCAGACUACUCAGUCAUUUUUAGCUAAGCACAGUGACAAAAUGACAGAUGAAGAGAGAAAUGAAAUGGAAAAGCAAGUCAGAUCCCUCCAGGAGAGCUACAGCUUGUUAUCCAGUGAGGCUUUGAAGCAGCUGCAGGAAUCACAGUAUCUGGGUGAUGAAAAGAUGGAAGAAAAGGUGAAUAAAGUCAUUGCUGGUGUCAUUGACCAAACGACUGGAGAAGUCCUUUCAGUCUUUCAGUCUAUUUUAAAAGGUUUUAUUGACUAUGACACUGGAAUUAGAUUGCUUGAGAAUCAGCUGAUCCUUUCUGGAAUCAUUUCUCCAGAAUUAGGAUUAUGUUAUGACUUGGAAGAAGCUAAAGCUCAUGCCUUAAUUGAUGAGCAGAUUCUGUUGCAGUUGCAGGAAUUAAAUAAUGCAAAGAAGCUUAUUUCAGAAUCAUCAUUAUCAAAUCUUCCAGUUGUAUCAGCUUUAGAACAAGGUCUAAUUUCAGAACCUUUGGCUAUUAAAAUUCUUGAGAAUCAGCUUUCAAGUGGGCACUUGAUUUUGCCAUCUACUGGAGAAAACCUGACUUUGCAGAAUGCUUUCCAGAGAAACCUGAUUUCUCCGCCAUUAUAUACAAAGCUUCUGGAAAGACAAGACACAUGUAAAGAUCUCAUAGAUCCCAACUGUGGUGAGAGGAUUUCCCUUGAACAGAUGAUUCGUAGAAGCAUAAUACAUGAAGAAGGGUUAAGACUCCUACCUGUGAAACCACAAGAAAGAGGUAGAAUCACAUUCAAAUGUGGAAGGAAGAUAACUAUUUUGAGGGCAGCCCAUGAAGGACUCAUCGAUCGGGAAACAAUGUUCAGGCUGCUGGGUGCUCAGUUAAUGUCUGGAGGUAUAAUUGACCCUGACUCCGGGAAGCGAAUGACUGUGGAAGAGGCCAUGAGACAAGGGAUGAUAGAUCAGGACACUGCUUGUGGGAUCCUCACACAUCAGGUUCAGACUGGUGGAAUACUUUGUCCAAAUUCAGGACAACGCUUGACUGUUGAUGAAGCUGUACAAUGCAACUUAAUAUCAUCUACCAGUGCACUGCUGGUAUUAGAAGCACAAAGAGGCUUUGUUGGACUAAUUUGGCCUCACACUGGUGAAAUAUUCCCCAUAUCAACUUCUUUGCAUGAAGAGAUGAUAACAAAUGAGCUGGCAUUCAAAAUACUAAAUGAUAGACAGAAAAUAGCUGCACUUUACAUUCCAGAAACUUGUGAAAUAGUCAGUCUAGAUAAGGCUGCACAAUCAGGGAUAAUAGAUAUCAAUACUGUAUCUGUUUUGACCAAUGUGACUUUACCAGAUAAAAUGCCUAAUGUAGAAGAAUUAGAGUCGCCUUGUAAAAAUGCUGCAAAAUGGUUAACGAUGUAUGAAUUCCUGCCAUCUGUAUUUCAUGAUUGUGAGGAGGAACGUGAAACUACUGGCAGAGAAGACCCUGUAUGUCAUAAUUUGGAUCAAGCUAAGAAAUUAUUCAUAGCUUAUCUGAUGGUAAAUAGUUAUAUGGAUGCAAACACUGGAGGAAGACUUUUAUUAUAUGAUGGACAACUGCAAGAAGCCAUCAAUAUGUUGCUGGAAGGUGAUGGUGCUGCGUACAAUGCCGAUGUGUCAGAAAUGGAGUUUAAUAACAAAUACAUAAGCUCAAAAGAAAUUAACCUAAAGUUGGCUGGCAGUAUUCAUUUUAAUAAUGUCAUAGGCAGUGUUCAGGGUGAUCUUUCAGGUGCUGAGAAUACUUCUAAUAACAGGAAAUUAAAUGAGUUUGAAGAUUUUGGAAAUUACAUAUCUUUACAGGGAGAAGAUCUCCAAGUGUGCAGACCAGAUGUUUGCAAUGCUAUUGGUACUGAGCAAUCAGAAUAUACGCAGGAGAUGUUGUUAACCAACCCUGCAGAACUUAGAAAUGUAGUAAGUAACACUCAAAAUUCCAUGAAGAUAAAUGCACUCAGAGGUCUUCCAGAGGUUUAUGAGUGGACAGAACUGCGUAAGCAUAACAGUCAGAAGGCAAGUUCAGGAAACAUUGAAGGAUAUCUUCCAAAUUACUCAAAUCCAAAUCUUAUUGAAGAGAAAGAAGAGAUUUAUAUGGCAGACAGUAUGGGUAAUGAAAACAGGAAUGAUAAAACCUUACAAAAUUCCUUGAGUGUGAAUGACUUGUCAGAUAAUGAAACCUGGAGAGAGCUGGAAAGGUGCACAAAAUACAGGCCUUGCAUAUUGCAAGCUGACAAUAGCAGAAUGGUACUGGAUAACAGCAAGAAAGAUGAUUUUCAGAGAAGUCUUGGUUCAUCCAUCAGUGCAGAUACUGAAUAUAGACUUCCAGAAGAAUUGGUUAGUCGAUGUGGUGACACACUACAGUUUGAAGAUAAUGAAUAUAGUGAGCAACCUUUACAGAACUACGCUGAUGUAUAUAACAGGCCAUCCCUAGAGGACUAUCUUUAUGUACAUGGCAGGCCAUCCUUGGAGGAUUGUACUGAUUUGCAGAGUAAGCUGUGUCUAGAAGACACUGGAGACAUGCGCUGCAGGCCGUCACUGGAUGGCGAUACUGUUAUACAUGGUGGACCACCUGUGGGGGACAGUAACAGCACAGCACAAAGGCUAACAGUAGAAGAAAGCAAUCUUACAUUUGAUAAGUUACUGCUGUGUGACAGUAGUUCUGACUCAUCAGUAGAAGGGAGUGAUGGCAUCCCACAGUUUGAAAGUAACUGCUUGCAGCAUGAACGUGGUGAGGUAGCCCCUGAAGAUGACAGCUCUCAGUUUGAUGAUGAUGACGAUGAUGCCUAUGAAACACCUCAGGUUGAUGAUGAUGACAGUGAUGUUUAUGAUACUCCACAAAUUGAUGACAGUGAUUCUUACGACACUCCUCAAGGUGAUGAUGGUUUUGAUACCUUGCAGUUGGGGGAUGAUGAUACACCAGAGCCAGAAUUGUCUGGAACAUCAGUUCCAUUAGGUUUUCUAGAGGAGAGAGGUGGUCUAAUAACCCUGAGAGAAGACACCAGCUUUUUUCAAGAACUUGCAACUCAUGCUGGAGAGAGUGUUCAUGUAGAUCUGACAGGUCUACCUGAGAGCGUAAAUAUAACUUCUACAAGUGUUGAAACUAUGGAAAGAAUCCUUGAGGAGGAAAAGAAAAGAACAGGGAGCUUUGGAGAGAAGGAGGAAAAAUUGCCAGUUACUCUGGAGAGCGAAGGAAUAAAGGAGGGAGGCCUUAGUUCUUUACAGAAGGUGUAUGAAGCAGAAGUACGAGACAGAAAUGAGGAAGAUGAAAUGAAAGUGGAAAGUGACUCCUAUGAGGAUGAAUCUGAAGAUACACAGGAGGAGGAAGAUUAUGAGGAGAAUUAUGAUAGUUAUGAUGACUCUGACACUGAUUCUGAUAGUGAUGGAGAAAUGGGUAUUUUUUAUUCACAUCAUCAAUGUAUAAACAAAGGUGACCAGCUGUUAAUUUCCUUAAGAGACAUAGAAAAUAGUGAUGAAAAUAAUCAGAAUAUUGAUGCCUGUUGCUAUUCUUUAGGCCACAAGACAGGAUAUACUUUGCAAUUCCAGUCUAACCAUGAAAAUGGAAAACUAUCCUCAGGAAAAUGUGAAUCUGCAUCAGAUGUUUCUGAGGAAAGAUGUGUUAGUUUUACAUGUACAAGUGAAGAAGACAGACAGCAGGAAACAGAAGAUGAAUAUGGGACUUGCGUCAAAAGUAAACACGUGUCACAAGAUACUAUUAAGCCUAUUCAGUCUGAAAAUACCUUUGACACUAAAUGGACAUCCUGUAAGAGUGAAGAAAAUAAUAAAACACAGCUUAAGGUUCCAAGUUCUCAGCUUCUUGAUGAUACUGUGACAUCUGACAUUAGCGUAACAGCCUUCCUAAUUACAAAGCAAGCUACUGAUGAUGAUGAAACUACUCGGACAAAUUCGCUUCACUCAGAAUGCUUUAUUGAUAGCAUGAAUAAAAACAAUAGUACCAUGCCAAUGUUACGUUCAAAUCAUGGGCAGAGACAGAGAGAAGCAGUAUUUACAGAGGAAAAAGUAUUAAAUGAUAUGGCUGGUAUGGAACAACUAAAGCAAAGUUCAUCCCAAAUGGACAAUAAAUUCCUUAUGGAUAUGCCUUAUGUGAGUGAUGGUGAUAGUUUACUUAGUGACCGAGUACAUCCACUCACCAGUUGGAAACAUGGUCAAAUAGGAAGAGGUUUUGAAAUUCUUACAGAAAAUAAAAAUAGACUAAAUAUUAAGGAGGAAUGUGAUAUCUUGGGGCUAAGUAAAAGUCCCAUUCAGAUGGAAAGCCUUGGGGAAAUAUUUGAUGCAUCAGUAAAUAAAGGUGAUAGAGAAACUCCUGUUUCAAGUAAAGAAAAAGUAAAUGUUGAUCAAGCUUUGAUUGGAGGUGGUGCGAAAUCAGAUGAAUUUAAGAGAGAUUUUAACAUUUCCGCUUCUUUAAAACAAUCUACAACAGACAUAAAAGAAGGCGGCCAUUCAGAAUUGGAUAAAACUGAAUCCUGUUGCUUUGAGGACAGGUUUUUUAGAGGGAAAAAAGGUGUACAGAAUAAAAAGGAUUUUCUGCUAAAUAUGGAAGAAAUGCAUUCAAGUGAAUUUAACCCUUAUUCUUUUCCCCCAACUGAUACAGUAAAACCGAAGGAAAUUAGCAUAACUAAAGAAACGGGGAGAGUUAUCUGUCAAAAUACUAACAAUGUUAUUAAAAACUUUUCAGAAAACAAGAGCAGCAAUGAUAGUGGUUUUUCCCCAAUAAAAGCAGAUGCUUUAGGAAGUAUUGAGGAUGCUAAAGAAUCAGGGGAUGGGAGUGAAGUGUUACCUUCUGGGAGUCAUACCCAUACCACUGAUGUUUCUUCUGCAAUUCUGAGCAGCAUAGGGGCUGGCUUGAAUUAUGGUGCCCAGAAAGAACAUGAGACGCUGCAGAAUACAAAGGGAGAAAAUUUCACGGUCAGUGAGACUUAUUCCGUUGGAAAUUAUUUCAAAAAACAAAUGUCCAUGGAGUCAUUACAAGAGGAAGUGGGACCCUGCAAAGAUUUUCAAGUCAAGGAACAUGUUUCACAAUCGCCAGAAAUGUCUGACACACUAAUGGAAGACUUAAAGAAUAUAUUACGAAGGAAAUUGAAAAUGGGACGUGUUUACUGCAAGCAGGAGGGUGAACCCUUAAGUUACUCUGAUACCAAAAUUUUAAUGCAAAAUUUAUUUACAAUGGUUAGAAGCACCCAGCUUGGGAUUGAUACGUCUAGUGCGUCAAAUCUCAAGCAAAUAAGCAAUGCUGUUAGAACUGCAUUAAUGGUCACCACACCGCGUACCGAGCCAAAAGACAGUGAUGCUCUUUCAUUGCUUUGGCCUGAUUGCAGAAGUCCUGAUCUUCUUCGUGAUAUUCUGAAGCAGGAAUCCUGCAAGCAAAAGAUGGAUGAUCCAGGUGAAAGGAACAGUGAAACAGAUGUGAAAGCUCCUGUUACUACUUCUGAACUUCUGGAAAUCUUUCAAAUCUCACGUGGAGAUGAAAGUACAAGCAAGUUAGAGGAGCUGCUAAGUGGUUUGCUUACGAGCUCACAGGUUGCUGGUAUCACCACAGAAUGUGAGGGUAAAGGCAAAGUAGGUGGGCUUUGUACUCUUCUCUCAACAGAACAAUCAGAGUUUGGAUCAGAAAUUGCUAAAGAGAAAACAUUGGCAGACGACGCAGCCGUUGAUUGGAAAAGUGACCAGGAGCAUGGGAAGACAGACAGCCUGUUGAAAGGCUUUACUGAGCUUGUUUUUGAAACAAAAGAAACAGUCCUGGAAGACACCCCCACUAGCAUGGUCGAUGGAGUACAGCAAUGUUCAAAGUUAAUAGAGAAAAUGCGAGGACAUUUGGCAGUGCUUCAACAUAUGAAAAGCCACCUACAUAACCAGCAGCCUAUUAGUAACAACCUGGAAAUACUAAAAGAUGAACUGGAACAACUAGAGUCAUUUGAAUCAGGACUGGCUACCUUUGCAAUUAUCCUAAAAAAGGACAUGAAGUUGACAGAAGAAUUUUUAAGGUUUUGUAACAGGGAUAUUCCUGACGAGAAACUUAAAGAGCUAAAGAUAAGCUAUGACUAUUUGCAGGAAGCAUUUUUGGUGGUCUGUGAAACAUCUUCGAAACGAGCAAAACAAAUAGUCUGUGCUGUUGACUCAGAAAUGUCUAAGCUUGCAGUAUUACACCAGGAACUUUUAAGCAAACUGCAGAGAUUUUCAGACUGGAUCACAGAAAACAGUAAAAUUGUGAAUGACUUCAUGGUGAAUACUAAUGAUAUAGAAGAGAUGAAGAAAAGUUUACAGCUAUUUAAAAACAGUGCUGCAGAGCUCGGCUGUAAAAAAAUGCAACUGGAGUCCACUGCGUUCGAUGUUCAGUUCUUCAUUUCUGAACAUGCCCAAGAUCUUUCUCCUCAUCAGAGCAAACAGCUGCUGAGGCUCUUAAAUACCACCCAGAAAUCUUUUCAGGGAGUACAGGAAGCAAUAAUAUCUCAAGUGGAAAGUUUAGAGACUCAGUUACAGGCAGCGCAAGAGCUGGGUGAUAAGAAGGAUGUGGCUGAACGGCAGCAGGCAAGCAAAGAGAAACUGCAGGAAAUCUGUGAUUUGCUUACACAGACUGAAAAUCGACUCAUUGGACAGCAAGAGUCUCUUGUUAUUGGAGACAGCAAGGCUGAGCUAGAACAAUACCAGACUAAACAGGAGGAGAUACAAAAAGACAUGAGAAUGAGUGCCCAGACACUGGCAGAGAUUGUGAAAAAUACUGAAACCUUCUUGAAAGAGGAUGGAGAGAAGUUGUCACAAGAGGACAAGACUAUUCUUGAACAGAAACUGAAUGAAGCUAAGACAAAGUGUUUGCUCCUUAGCCAGAAGGCAGAAGAGUCCAAAAAAGAACUGGAUAAAGCUAUGACAACAGCAAUUAAGCAGGAAACAGAAAAGGUUGCAGCUAUAGAACAGCUGGAAGAAAGUAAAAAUACAAUAGAAAAUCUCUUGGAUUGGUUAUCAAAUGUGGAUAAAGAAGCGGAGCAUGGCCGGAAAUUUAAGCAGGUGAUAGAACAGAAUGGAACACACUUUGAAGAGGGAGAUGUGAAGACUUUGGAAGGAGAGGAGGAUGAUGUCAAUGGUUUUUUUGACAUUGAAACUCAGGUGGAUGGACUAGUAAAAAGCACAGAAGAUAAUCUGAACCAGCAGUAUCAGAAAGUCAAGGCUCAACAUGAGAAAAUUAUUUCACAGCAGCAGGCUGUCAUAGUAGCAACUCAGUCUGCUCAGGCACUGCUUGAGAAACAAGGGCACUACCUUUCCCCUGAAGAAAAAGACAAGAUGCAAAGGAACAUGAAAGAGCUGAAGGCUCAGUACGAGACUGCUUUAGCUGAAUCAGAACGGAAGAUGAAGCUGACUCAUUCUCUGAGAGAAGAACUUGAGAAAUUUGAUGCAGACUAUAGUGAGUUUGAAACCUGGCUGCAGCAGGCAGAACAAGAACUUGACAAUUUGGAGGCAGGUGCUUCUGACUUCAGUGGUAUUAUGGUCAAACUGAAAAGGCAGAAGAGUUUUUCAGAAGAUGUUAUAUCUCACAAAGGUGAUUUACGGUAUAUUACAAUUUCUGGACAAAGAGUUUUAGAUGCUGCAAGGUCAUGUAGUAAAAGAGAUGGUGUGAAGGUUGACAAAGAUGGUAUCGAUACUUCGGCUACAUAUGCUGAAGUGCAGAGUAAACUGGAUAGCGCUUCAGAUCGUUUCAAAUCUCUCUAUACUAAGUGUAGCAUUCUUGGAAAUAACCUUAAAGACCUGGUGGAUAAAUACCAGCAUUAUGAAGAUGCCUCAUCUGGACUUUUGUCAGGUCUCCAGGCCUCUGAAAUAGCUGUGAACAAACAACUAUCAGAGCCAGUUGCAGCGGAUCCCAAAAAUCUCCAAAGACAACUAGAAGAAACCAAGAUUCUUCAGGGACAAGUGUCUAACCACCAAAUUGCUGUAGAAAAACUGAAAAAAUCUGCUGAAGUGUUACUGGAUACAAGGGGAGAGUUGACACCAGACAAAGAUGAGAUUCAGAAGACACUGGAUGAUAUUGUGGAGAGGUAUGACAAUUUAUCCAAGUCUGUGAACGAAAGGAAUGAGAAGCUCCAAAUAACUCUGACACGAUCCCUAAGCGUCCAGGAUGGUUUGGAUGAAAUGCUGGAUUGGAUGGAAGGUGUUGAAAGGAGCCUUGAAGAACGAGAUCAAGUGCCUUUGAAUUCUGCUGCUAUUCAGGAUAUUAUUAGUAAAAGCAUUAUGCUAGAACAAGACAUUGCGGGUCGCCAAAGCAGUAUAAACACUAUGAAUGAAAAAGUGAAGAAGUUCACGGAAACAGCAGAUCCAUCCACUGCAUCCACACUGCAAGCUAAAAUGCGUGAACUUGCAGGACGGUUUUCUGAAGCAAGUAACAAGCAUAAGGAGAAGCUUACGAAAAUGGAGGAGUUGAAGACUAAAGUGGAGUUAUUUGAAGGUCUGUCAGAAAAACUUCAGUCAUUUCUAGAUGAGAAAAACCAGGCACUCAGUGAGACGGAGGCACCAAGAAAGGAUGUUAGUGAAGUGUCUCAAUAUAUGCAGGAAGCUAGUGUAGAAUUGGCACAACAUAAGAAGGAUCUGGAAGUUUUGCAGCAGCUUCUUGAAGAACUUUCAUUCCAUGCUCUUCCUGGAGAUAAAGCAUUGGUAUUAGAAAAAGUAAAUGCUUUGUCAAAGAAAUUCAGAGAAGUAGAGGAGACUGUAAAGGAAAAAGAAGAGGAUGUAUCAUCUUGUCAGAAACAAAUGGAUACUUUUGAGCUUCUUGUAGAAUCAUUAAAGAAAUGGAUAAAAGAGACGACAGAACGAAUUCCAGCAGCGGAACCCUCUCUGAAUACAGAGGAGUUAAAGAAACCUUUGGAAGAUACACUGAAUUUAAAAGAUGAAUGGACAUUAAAAGCACCUGAACUGCAGAAAAUGAAUAGCAGAGGAACAUUGCUGUGUAAUCUAAUCGCUGCUGUGACUUCUCCUGCCAAACUGAGAGCAGUUGCAAAAUCAGGUGGCACAAUGUUAAAUGGUGAAGGAGGAGCUCCAGGAACUCAGGAUUUCCUGAAAAAUAAAGAACUGACAACUGUUCAACAAGCCAUGUCUGAUGUAAAUCACAGUUACGAAGAUUUGGGAGUUUUAUUGAAGGAAAAGAUUUCAGCACUAGAAAGCAUGCUUUCAAAAAUGCAGAAUAUUCAGGAAGAAUCGACCUCAGUGAUGCAGUGGUUGCAAAAAAUGGACAAAACUGCAUCAGAUUGGGAAACUGCUCCAACUGAUAGUGAAGCAGUUAAAGCCCAAGUUGAGCAACAUAAGCUUUUUGAAACUGAAUUAAAGCAAAGUGCGAAUAAAGUGCAGGAACUAAAGGACAAAGUGACAGAGCUGUUGGAGAAGAACCCUGACUCUCGUGAGGCACCCAAGUGGAAACAAAUUUUGGAUAAAAUAGAUUCCAAAUGGAAAGAGCUCAAUCAAGUUACAUCUGAGAGACAACAAAAACUGGAGGAGUCUUCAAAUUACCUGACCCAGUUCCAAACAGCAGAAGCUCAGUUAAAGCACUGGCUUGUAGAAAAGGAGCUAAUGGUCAGCGUGCUGGGACCGCUAUCAAUUGAUCCUAAUAUGCUGAAUACACAAAAGCAACAAGUUCAGAUUCUGCUCAAAGAGUUUGACACCAGAAAGCCACAAUACGAGCAGUUAACUAUGGCUGGUGAAGGGAUUCUGAAGAGACCUGGUGAACAUUCACCCUCCCAUGAAAUUGUAAAAGAGCAACUGGCAGCUGUGGCACAGAAAUGGGACAGUCUAACUGGCCAACUGAGGAACAGAUGUGACCGAAUUGACCAAGCCAUUGUGAAAAGCACAGAGUAUCAAAGUCUACUCAGAAGUCUGUCUGAUAAGCUAAGUGCCUUGGAUAGCAAACUAAACAGCAGCCUGGCUGUGAGUACACAACCUGAUGCUGUGAAACAACAACUGGAAAUUGCUAGAGAAAUGAAGGAGGAAAUAGAACAGGAAAUGAAGAAUAUCAAUGCAGCUCAAGCUCUUUGUGAAGAGCUGUCAACACUGGUUGGAGAAGAGUAUUUGAAAGCAGAACUUACGAGACAGUUAGAUGGCAUCUUAAAAUCAUUUAAGGAUAUUGAGCAAAAAUCAGAUAACCACGUUCAGCAGCUUCAGUCAGCGUAUGCCGCUUCUCAUCAGUUCCAGCAAAUGUCUGAGGACUUUCAGGCCUGGCUAGGCAAAAAGAAAGAAGAGCUGAACCAGGCUCGUCCUGUAUCAGCCAAACUUGAUGCCUUGCAAUCACUAAUUGAAGAACAGAAAGAUUUUAAGAAGACCAUGACCGAUCAGAUUAGUUCAUAUGAAAGAAUUGUUGCAGAAGGAGAAAGCAUCUUGCAGAAGACUCAAGGAGCUGACAGAGCAGCAUUACAAUCCCAAAUUGCCACACUCAGAAGUAACUGGGAUGAAAUGAAUAAGCAAGUAAAAGAAAGGCAUGAUAAAUUAACAGAUUGUCUGGAGAAAGCGCUCAAAUACAAGCAGCAUGUAGAAAAUCUGCAACCGUGGAUCGAGAAAUGCCAAAGCAACUUGUGUGAAUUAAAAGUUGGCAUAAACCCUGUUGAAAUAGAGAAUUCUAUUGUUCAGGUGAAGGCCUGGCAGAAGGACCUGGAUAAACACCAUGGGAUGGUGGAGCUAUUAAAUAAUACUGCUGAAAGUUUGCUCAGUGCAAGUCAAACAGAUAAAGAAAUUGUUCAAGAAGAAACUAAGGUGCUGAAUCAGAAAGUGAAUGUGGUCACAGAACAAUUACAUAAGAAGAGAGAGUGCUUGGAAAAUAUGGCACAAAGGCUGAAGGAGUUUCAGGAAUCAUCCAGGGAAACUGAAAAACAACUUAAAAGUGCCAAAGAGCAUCUGGAAGCUCACGACUUGCUUGGACCUCAGUCAUUCAGUAACAAACACCUGACGAUGAUGCAGGCCCAGCAGAAAGCCUUGCAGGCUUUAAAGCCUCAUGUUGAUUUAGCAAAAAAGCUUGCCCAAGACCUGGUGGUAGAAGCUUCUGAUUCAGCAGGUGUUUCUGACCUCUUGCUCCAAGCUGAAUCUUUGGAGCGAGAAUAUACUGCAGUGAACCAGCAGGUUGAAGAUAGGUGCUCGUUCUUAGAGACAAAACUUCAGGGAAUUGGCCAUUUCCAAAACAGCAUCCGAGAGAUGUUCUCUCAGUUUGCAGAGUUUGAUGAUGAACUUGAUAGCAUGGCUGCUGUGGGGAGAACUCUCGAGGUGCUGCAAUCACAGAGAGAGGAUAUAAAACAUUUCCUGAAAAAGCUGGAGGAUCUUAUCAUGAAUAAUGAAAAUGCUAAUAAAAACUGUAAAAUGAUGCUAGCUACAGAAGCUGAAGCUUCUCCUGAUCUUGUUGGUAUAAAAAGAGACUUGGAAGCUUUAAAUAAACAGUGCAACAAGCUACUAGACAGAGCAAAAGCCAGGGAAGAUCAAGUGGAGGGUACUAUUAGCCGUGUUGAGGAGUUUUACAGGAAGCUAGAAGAAUUCUCCAGUCUGCUUGGGAAGGCCGAAGAACACGAAGAGUCACAAGGUCCUGUUGGAAUGGAAACAGAGACUAUUAAUCAGCAGCUGAAUACAUUCAAG